AUGGAUGUUAAGGAGCGGACUGAGAUAAAUCCUGACGAUCAAUUGGAGCAGGAAGUGCUGCGAGAAGUCGAGGUUGGAUUUCUAGCUAACUUGGUGAGUUGGCCUAUCCUGGUGAUUGUAUUUGCACUAUGCUUCCGUGUAGUGACUACUCGAACAGUUCCUUACCUCUACAUUGAUGAGGUGUUCCAUGUCUCCCAGACGAUACAAUACAUCAAUGGGGCAUGGAGUUCGUGGGAUCCGAAGAUAACCACACCACCCGGCUUGUAUGUGCUAGGAUGGCUCAACUAUCAUGUCAUGCGAGCAUUGACAUCGUGGUCAACGCUGACUAUUCUGAGACUCACAAAUUUGAUCGGCGGGACUGUCAUUUUGCCCGUGGUAGUCCUAAGACCGCUCUUUCUGUUCAAUGCAAUAGGCUUCUGGCCGGUAUCGCUGAUGUGCUUCCCGCUUCUUUUUUCCUUUUACUUCCUGUACUACACAGACGUGUGGUCCACAAUCUUCAUUUUGGAAUCGCUUACAUUAGCGAUUACUUUACCGUUCGGCGAAACCAAGAGCAUUUGGUUGAGUGCGUUAUCUGCACUUGUGAGCUGUUUCUUCAGACAGACGAACAUUGUCUGGAAUCUGUUUGUGAUGAUUGUAGUGGUGGAAAGAAGAGCAUUGAUCCAAAAGGACUUCAACACGGUUCAUCUCAAUAAUUACCUGAAGUUUGUGAUACAUGCUCUGGAAAAUUGGACCCAGCUGAUUGCUCCAUAUUGCGUGAAUUUUGUGCUUUUCUUAGGCUUCGUGGUCUACAAUCGAUCUUUGACACUCGGCGACAAAGACAAUCACACUGCGGGUUUACAUUUAGUUCAAAUGUUUUACUGCGUCGCCUUCAUUACAAUUUUUAGCAUGCCCAUAUGGAUUUCCAAACUUGGUUUACGCGAGUAUCAAAGUCGAAUCAAGAUCAAAAAGUUACGCACGGGCUUGGAAUUGUUCGUCAUUAUGUUGAUAAUAAGAUACUUCACAGUCGUCCACCCAUUCCUGCUGGCUGACAAUCGACACUACACAUUUUACAUCUUCAAGCGAAUUUUGGCCCGCAACUUCAUCUUCAAGUAUGCCUUGAUGCCAUGGGUUUACCAUUUCUCUGCAUUCAACUACCUGGAAGCAAUGAGGAGUAAAAUAAUGCAUUUCCAUCCCGUUCUUCCAAUAGAGAUAAAGAACCCGACUGAACUUCCGGUACAGCUUACGCAUAUUUCAUGGACCGCUCUUAUUAUCUGCACCUUCAUGACGGUCGUUCCGUCACCUUUGUUUGAGCCACGGUAUUACAUCCUACCUUUCAUGUUCUGGAGAAUAUUCAUGACACCAGUGGGUGAAAGCAUCCUCGCGGAUCAGCAAUCCGAUUUUGGAGAAUUGAAGUUCUGUAAGCGACUUUCUCUGGAACUCGUUUGGUUUCUAUUAAUCGAUGCUGUCACAUUAACAAUAUUCAUUUUCCAUUCCUUCAGAUGGGAUAGUGAGAUUUUCCCUCAAAGAAUAAUCUGGUAG